AUGGAGCUCUCUCAGCUGGUCGUCACUCAGAUCUGGCAUAUUACUUGCUAUGUGUCUGCUAUCGUUUUCGUUUCAGUCGCCGCAAAUCUCAUCUAUCAGACCUUCUUCUAUAGUCGAAAUGAACCCCCAGUGGUGUUUCAUUGGUUUCCGUUCAUUGGGAGCACUGUGAGAUAUGGGAUUGAUCCAUACAAGUUCUUUUUCGAGUGUCGUGAGAAGCAUGGCGAUAUCUUCACCUUUAUUCUCCUAGGAAAGAAGAUUACCGUCUAUCUAGGCACGGACGGUAAUGAGUUCAUCCUCAAUGGGAAACUCAAGGAUGUCAAUGCAGAAGAAGUAUACGGAAAAUUCACGACGCCUGUCUUUGGAUCCGACGUUGUGUAUGACUGUCCAAACUCUAAGCUGAUGGAACAAAAGAAGUUCGUCAAGUUUGGCCUUAGCCAAGAAGCCCUCGAAGUCUUACGGACUGUCGACCUCGCCGCCGCCAUGGCCGAGAUAACAAUAUUCACCGCUGGACGCACCCUCCAAGGUGAUGAAGUCCGCGGAAAGCUCACCUCCGAAUUUGCCGACCUCUACCAUGACUUAGACCUGGGGUUCCAGCCAAUAAACUUCAUGUUGCCCUGGGCGCCCCUCCCACACAACCGCAAACGUGACAAAGCCCAUGCUCGCAUGCGCGAGAUCUAUCUGGACAUCAUCCGGCAGAGACGGAACGCAGCAACAGCACCAGCCACCAAAGACAUGAUCUCGAAUCUGAUGCAGUGCGUCUAUAAAGACGGGAAGCCUAUUCCUGACAAAGAAAUAGCCCACAUGAUGAUCACACUGUUGAUGGCCGGUCAGCACUCGUCAUCUGCGAUCAGUUGCUGGAUUAUGCUACGGCUAGCAUCGCAGCCUGAAGUUACCGAGGCCUUGUACAAAGAGCAGGUCGACGCGCUUGGGGCUGACCUCCCACCUCUGCAGUACAAGGAUAUAAGCAAGCUAACGCUACACGCAACGGUCGUGAAAGAGACCCUGAGGAUCCACUCCUCGAUCCACACGCUCAUGCGGAAGGUCAAGAACCCGCUGCCUAUCCCUGGAACGCAAUUUGUUAUCCCUACGUCUCAUACCCUUCUUGCCUCGCCGGGUGUCACUGCGCGUGAUGAGACGUACUUCCCCAAUGCGAUGGUUUGGGAUCCAUAUCGCUGGGUUGACCGGGUCGAAGUCGAGGAUAGUAGCGACACGGUGGACUACGGGUAUGGCGCCGUCUCGAAGGGGACUAAGAGUCCUUAUCUGCCGUUCGGAGCAGGGAGACAUCGCUGCAUUGGGGAGAAAUUUGCGUAUUUAAAUCUCCAGGUUAUCGUUGCUACGCUUGUGCGUGAGUUUCGCUUCUAUAACCCCGAAGACCGCAAGGGUGUGCCGGAGACGGAUUAUGCGUCCCUAUUUUCAAGGCCCAUGCAGCCUGCUACAGUGCGAUGGGAGCGCCGGAAUGCUUAG